AUGGCUACAGCUUUAGUUUCUGCAGGACAAUCUAUAAGUAAAUUGAUCUUAUUCAAAGGUGCAGUUGGAACCUAUGUGUAACAAGAUAUAGAGACAAGAUUACAGCAAGAUGUGUAUAAGAAGCAAAUAAGAGUCAGAGAAUUCUUUACUGAUUUCGAUCGAUUGAGAAAGGGCUGGGUGACAGAAGACAAGUUUCGGUCUGCAUUAUCCAUGAUAAAUUUUCAUUUUACAAAGGAUGAUAUCGAGGAAAUCAUUAGGAGAUACAAACUAAAUGAUGGCCUAGUACAAUAUACAACAUUUUGUAACAAACUUGAGGAGCAAUUUCUGAACAACGAAGCAAAGGCGCAAGUAUUUCAAGCUCCCCAAAUUUUCAACUAAGAUGAAGAGGACACAGUAAAAAGGUUGAUGUUGGCUAUUAAAAGAAAGAUAGCAACAAAAAGAAUAUUCUUAAAAUAGCCAUUUUAAGAUUUUGAUAGAACUGCAUGUUCCCAUAUUACAAUAGAUUAAUUUUCAAGAGUGUUAAAUUAAUUAGGAUUAUUGCCAAAAGACCAAUACUUGCAAUUACUUAUAAGACAAUAUAUCGACAAUGGAAAUCCAAAGGAAGUUAAUUACGUAAAGUUUUGUGAUGAUGUCGAUAAUGUAUAAGAAAUGCUCAGUGGAGUGAUCACAGGAAUCAAAUAGAAUCCAAAAGAUGUCCAUCCGGAUGAUGACUUCAUUGAAGACAAAGAGGGAUUAGAUUUGAUUUCCACCUUGUUCACCUCAAAAAAAUUGACAGAUAAUAUCAACACAUUGCAUCAAGUAUUGAAGAAGAUCUAAGGAGAUGUUGUAAUGAAGAGAAUCAGAAUAAGAGAGUUCUUUAAAGAUUUUGAUCCUUUGAGAAAAGGAUUAGUGACUGAAUCUUAAUUUGCUAGAAUUUUGCAUAUCCAGAAUAUCCCUGUUUCUGAAAAAGAAAUAUAGAUAUUGUUGAAUCAAUACAAAGUUGACAAGAUUCCAAAUGGUUAAGUGGAUUAUAAUCAAUUUUGCGAGGACGUUGACAAAAUAUUCACUAUCAAGGGCAUUGACAAGCAACCACAGGCAUAAGUACCUUAAAUUGAUGACUCGACUACUUUGCCUGCCAGAAGAAGAUAUUUAUAGAUGACAGAAUAGGAGGCAAUUUAAUUGGAUGAGUUGCUAAUGAAAUACAAACAGGCCAUUCAAAAUAAGAGAGUGCUAUUAAAACCAGUGUUUGAAGAUUUUGAUAAAACGAAAUAAGGUUACAUCACAACUAAUCAAUUCUUAAGAAUCCUGAAUCAAUUCAAUCUAUUUCCAGACCCAGUUUCAUUAAAUCUAUUGUUGAAGAGAUUUGUAGAUAAGGCAAAUUUAAACGAAGUCAAUUACUAUGAUUUUUGUAGAAUUGUAGAUCAAUCAGAUGAAGGAGUAGCCAUAAGUAAAUCACAUGCAGAUGCAUUUAAGAAUUAUGUGAAAUCAGAUAAUUUAAGUCAAGCCUUUAUUAGGAAUGAUUAACCAAAUGAUUUUGAAGAUUUGAUGGCCAAAUUGAGGAGAAUUGUCAAAGAAUAACGAUAGAGAAUUGCAGAAUUCUUAAGAGACUUUGAUAAACUAAGAAGUGGCACAAUUACAGUGACUCAACUCAGAAAAGGAUUGAGUAUGGCAAAAAUCCUCUUGUCAGAUGCAGAAUUCUAAUUGAUUCUCAACAAUUUUGGUUGUAAAGACAAACAAGGAUUUGUUCAAUGGAAAGAAUUCACUGAUUAAGUAGAUUAAGUGUUCACUACUAAAAAUUUGGAAAAAGUAAGUCCAUCAGAAGAUGUGCCUUUAAUGUCCACCUAAUAUAAUUAUGGCAGAGUGUCAAUCACUGAAAGAGAUAGACAAGUAGCUGAAGUAGUGAAAAAGAAGUUUCAAUAUUUUUGUAAGGCAACCAGACUUGAUAUCAAAUAAUUCUUUUAAGAUUGGGACAAAUUAGGGAGAAAUAAAGUGUCACCAAAAUAAUUUAGAUAGACAUUGGCUACAGUUAAUUUCAUAUUGUCAGAUGAAGAAUUUUAAGCAGUUGUCAAGAUCUAUGCUGCAGAAGAUGAUGGAGAUAUUAGAUAUGUUCAAUUUAUAAAUGACACCUAACCACCAUUGGAAAUUCAAACAGAGUCUGGAGCAUCUCAAGCGUAUGUUGGUGUUAAGCCAAAAGAGAAAGAAAAAUUAUAACCUUCAGUUUUAUUAGAGUAGAUUAAAGUGGCUGUCAAAGUGAAGAGAUUGAGAUUGGGUGAUUAUUUCAAGGACUUUGACCCUUUGAGAAAAGGAUUGAUGCCUACAAAUAAAUUUAGAGGAGUUCUAAGCCAGAUGAAGAUAGAUUUGGAUUAAGAAAGUUUGGAUCUCUUAGAAACCAUGUAUGUUGUUCCUGAGGAUCCCAUCAGAGUCAAUUACGCUAAGUUUAUAGAGGAUGUAGAAAUCGUAUUUACCAAAACAGGAUUAGAUAAGGAUCCACUGAUGAAACCACCUGUUCAUAUCAUCCCCACUUUCCUUGAUCCAAGAGAUGCUUUGACUCAAGAUGAGGAGGAAGCCUUACAUGCCAUUAUGUUAAGACUUGGUGAAGUCGUUAGAAAGCAUAGGAUUUUGCUUAAACCUCACUUUCAAGAUAAGGAUAAAACUAAAUCAGGCAAAAUCACUUUUACUAGGUUUAGAUCCAUUAUGGACUUUCACAAAUUGCCCUUAACAGAUGAUCAAUUCAGAGUAAUUUGCAAAAGAUUUGCAUAUUAAGGCAUAGAAUUUAAUUAUGUUGAAUUUGAUGAGAUUUUAAAAAAGUAUGAGAACUUUUAUCAUUGA